ACCUGGAUCGACAAUCAGACCCCUAUUAUUCUAAUUUCAACUCUCAUUCUUAACCCAACCUCUAUACAACCUGCAAACUUCCGUCGUUCACUCGUGCCCCGGCUUAUCUCUUAACUUAUCCCUAGUCCCUGCAGUACCACAGCUUUCCUGCGAUCCGGUUUUCCCAGAAGCAACGUUUCUAGAUAGCUUCCCAAAGCUACGAUAUGGCCUCCCCGCUCACCCAUGACCCACGGCCCAGCUUCCAGCCCAAGAUCGUUUCCCUAUACGAAAACCUCUUUAAGGUAGCGGUUGCCCCUAUCACCAUCUCGGGUUGAGCGAUGCUAAGGAUACAUUUUAGGAUGAGGACGACGAACAGGAAAAGUCAGAGGGGUUCUGGACAGAGUUCUUCCUGCUAAAGUGCCACCCGCCCGGUUUAACAGCCAUACUCGACCCUAUAUCCCCGGACGACUUAUUGCACAUGCAGGUGAACAAACGGGAAUCCUAUUACUACGGCGGGCGAGGGCAUAAGACUGAUUGGUGCUAGCCCCAAACAAGGCAAUUGUUCUCACACGCAGUCAAUUGCGUCAAGUCCGGCGGUAGCCCCUCGGAUGAGAUUGCGCUAGAUGUGGGGGGGCCCCGUUUUAUUUUUCGCCAGCAAAGCUGAAGGAAGGUCCGAUGUUAAUGCGUGCGGGGUUUAGACAUUGAAUGUGUUCUUACGGGCCGUCUUGGCUAAGCGAUACACCAACCUCAGCUCAGACAUCAUUUCUAUCCUGACAGGACUGAGUAAAGUGGACUGGGUGUUUACGGACUUUGUUACGUCGCUGGACACCCAUAUCAAGAAUGGUCGGACCGGUAUGUUGUAUUGUUGGCAUUCGGGGGCGAUGGUCGAUUUGAAAUGGUCUAACGGGCGGCUGGGUAAAGUCGAGGUACGGCGGAAAGCCAUCCAAGUGGCAUUGUGCAUAGCCUGUGGAGCCUUUCAGACUGGCCUGCUUUCUUACUUUACACAUAGAGACCUCUUCCCUGCGCUUAUGAAGGUAUGCUGUCUUCGGAGUCUCUCCACCCCUAUUUAUUUUUUGCUUCCGGAAUGAUUGACUUACUGGUUUUCAUUCAUGUAGUAUAUCAAUGACCCCGAGACUGCCGGGCUUGCAUAUGAGCCCUUUCUAUUGCUCGCUACACUCGCCAACUGUAUGUUUUACUUCUAUACGUGGUAAAAAAAAAUACUUACGCUAAUUAUUAAAGAUAAUAAAUUUGAAUUCCAGAAUCCGUACCAGAUGAGGUUGGAUGACUUUGUCAACGAGCCCACUAUCAAGAGAAUCGUUCAGGAGAUCGGAUUCUCCUCGGUUCGGUGCCGGGCUGAUUACAUAGCCAUUCAGGACGACCUACCUGAGGGAUGGUCCUUGAAUAAUGUCCUCUCCUAUGUUGGGCUCACCAUGCUAUCUGGUGCUGGUCCUAAGAGCCGCCCGACCUCACCCGCACCAACCCCUGCUGCAGAUCCGAAGCUGUCCUUCAAUGACUUGUAAGUGCUCCAGACUUGCACACCAAUCAAAUGUGUACAUGGUGCUCACAUUUUGGGCCUUACCGCAGACCAGGACCAGGCGCCGCAAUCCUGUUGGCAACAUAUGACUUUGUCAACGCUAACAAGCUAUUCUGCCAUAACUUUGUGAGCUACCAAGACUCCGACCCGAAAGGUCUGUCAAAACCUGCACCCAACCUAUCAUCCACCAACUAACGAUUCCCGGCACCAUACAGUCGAGUCCCCCAUAUGUUCCUACAUAUCGCUAACGUCCUACCUCCUGCAUCACGCUCACCGCUCCUCCCGGUUAUGCUUAUACGCCCGGUUAAACCUUCUUGUUCUGCGCAUCCUCCUGGAAGACCAGUCUCUCUGCAAACGGUUAACAAGCGACGAGACAAAGUCGUUCGUGAGACUCUGCAGGCAGAAACCUCCGCACUUACCAGUCGUUCGCUCGAAGCGGUCUCUUCUAACAGCUAUCAUCGAUGCAGUCGUCGACGGCAUCAACCACAACUUGAGAAAACGUCUGGAUGUGGAAUUAUAUAGGUAUGCAGACUAAAAUCAAACUAAACUGAGAUCUCCGGAAGGCGAAGGAUGCGUAAUAGGCAUCGGAAUAACCAAACUAACCAUGAACCCCCCAAAAAAAAUAGCGCAAGUGUCGGCAUACUCUCCCGAUCAAUAUCUUUCCUGAUUCGUAGUAGGACCCGGCUUGGUACCCCCCCUUUUCAUAAUAUCCACUUGGACUUUUCUCUAACCAAUAUUGAGAAAAGGCUAUCACUGGACAGAUCUCUGGCGUUCCAUACUCUCCCUAAUCCGCUUCCUAACAAGCUACUCAUCCGAUCUCAAAGACCUUCCCGACCUCCCACCCUUCCUAGAUGACCUUGUAAACCUAAUCGCCCUGGCUCUCUCCGCCGGCGACGCAUUCCUCCCCAACGCAGCCGAAUACGACGACUUAUUCUACAAACUUGUGGAAGCCGGUGACACGCUCGUUAAAUUCCGUGAUUGCUGUACCCCCCCCUUCCCCUCUAUCUCACAGCACGUGGCUGAUAAAGUAGACGACUUAACCUCCCGCCCCAAAAACUCCAUCUCAACACUCAUCGCCGUGUCGGAGCACUAUUACGCCCUCAUAUCCGAGAAUCAGAGUAGGACCAAAUCGAAGAACCUAUCACCGCAGCAAGUGGGAGAAGUGAUAAAGAGCGGGUACGAAACGCUAUCCAUCACGAGUAAGGACGGACUCGACGCAUGGGAGAGGUACAGAGAAGCAGACGAGAGGGCCUUUCUGAAGAGGGCGGCUAGAGUCGCGGUCGGGGAUGUUAGGAUUGUCAUGGGGUAAUAGAGUAAAUAAUGAAUUAAUUAUGACAAUGCUUGGGAGUGACUACUAGUAGUGUUUUUUUCCUUGUCUCUUUUCAAUUUUUCCAUUUUUCUUCCAUUUUUCCAUUUUUCUUUUGUCAUGAUAAUAUUAUGAUACUUUUUUCCAUCUAUCCGAUAGCCAUUUCACAUUAUGGGUGUCUAUUUUAUUUUUAUUUUAUUUUGGUUGGUUGGUUGGUUGGUUGGUUGGUUAGUUGAUUGGUGAAUUAGUAGAUAGAGUAUAAUAAUAAUAUCAUGUUAGAUACAGUUUCGGGAGGGGGGUGGGGAAAAAGUGCUGUGACUGGAUUGGGAAUGAAACGAGAUGAAGGGAGAAAAUUCUGGUUAUGGGUGCAUGCAAGGAACGGGGGUAUCAGCAGCUGGGUGUGGGUAGCUUGUGAAUACAGGAAGGAUAAUAGAAUGAAUGAAAGAACUGAGUGAGUGAGUGAUCUAUGGUGAUAUAUUUGAGAGGGCGAUGGUAUGACCGAGAGCACAAGUACAAUGAUAAGUGUGCAGUAAGAGAAAAAGAGCGAGUGAUAGUAAAAAAUAAAAUAUAAAAAAAAGGCAGGGAAGGCUGUAUUCAUAUUACAGGAGCGUCGCCCUCCGUGCCAAAAGGGGGGGAAAAAAAGAGAGAGAAAACUCCCAGACGUAACACAUACUUCUCCACCCCUGUCUCCAUCUCUCUCUCUCUUAAAUCUCCCGGAAAUAUUAUAAAAAACUAUACAUGCUCUUCCCGAUGCGUACUCCUUGCGGGUGUCCUCAAAUCCACAACGGAAAACCCAGCCGGACUCUCUCUCGCCGCAGACUCGCCAGGACUUCCCAGAGGAGUAUCCCUGCUAACAAAGGUCAUGGGCCUCGGCGGUAGAGCUCUCCUCCUCUCCCCCCCCAUCGCUCCCAUACGAAUCACCACCGUCACUAUCACUAUCAUCCCCCCCCCCCCACUCCCGUUACCCGCGAACCCACCAUCACCGCCAGGACUCUCCGAGCCCGCCCUAAACGAUACCCACUCCUCAUCCUUCUCCCUGCGGCCACACAAGAAGGUUCUAAUCUUUGCAGCGAUGCGGCGCACCUGUCUCCUGGACUCGCGGGUGGUACCGAACGCGAUGAGAAUGAGGUACCCGGUCGAGCCGGAGGCGAGGAAGUAAGCCCAGUCCACCAACUGCUGCUUCGCUGUCAUACCCAAGUGUGGCUCCUCAGCGAAGGGGGACCUGCGCUUUAUCAUAUCCUUAGCGUAGUAGUACUGCGCGAGCAGGAAUGCAGUUUGCAUGCUGCCGAUCACGAGGAAUCCCGCGACGAAGCGGACUAGGAUAAAGCGGUCUUCGUUGUCACUGGUUGUCGCGGUGCUUGUUGAGGAGGUCGUC